GGGAUCGGCACCGGCACCGCCUGUCCCGGGGCCGGGCUCAGCGCCUUCGGAGCGACCGGGACCGGUGUCGGAAACCACUGCCGGUGAACCCGGGGCGGGUGUCGGGGGUCCCGGAACCUGUACCGGUGUUCCCAGGGCCAGUGCCGGUUAUCCCGGAGGGGUGUCAGGGUCCAGGAGCCGGUACCGGUUAUCCCUGGGCGGGUGUCGGUGACGCAGGGAGGGUGCCGGGAGUUGGGAACCGGUACCGGUUGUCCCGGGGCAGUGCCAGGGGUCCCGGAACCGGUACCGGUUAUCCCGGGGCGGGUGUCGGGGGUCCCGGAGCCGGUAGCGGUGACCCGGAGCGGGUGUCGGUGACGCGGGGAGGGUGCCGCGAGUCGGGAACCGGUACCGGAGAUCCCAGGGCCGGUACAGGGUAUCCCGGAACCUGGAGCCGGUGCUGGUAACCCGGAACCGGUCCUGGUGAUCCGGAGUGGGUGUCAGUGACCGGUACCAGGGCCCGGAGCAGGUGUCUGGUAACCCAGAGCAGGUGUCCCUUACCCCAGUGCCGGUACCGGUUCCAGUCCCGGUCCCAUUCCUGGUGCCAGUCCCAGUUCCAGUGACCCAGGGCCGGUGUAAAUAACCCCGGUACCGGUUCCAGUCCCAGUGCCGGUCUAGGUUCCAGUUUCAGUUCCAGUCCCAGUUACGGUGCCGAUUCCGGUGACCCAGUACCGGUGCCCGUAACCCCGGUACCGGUUCCAUUUGUGAUCCCAGUCCCGGUUCCAGUCCUGGUUCUGGUGACCCAGGGCCAGCGUCCAUAACCCCGGUCCCGGUUCCAUUCCCGGUUCCAUUGCCGGUGCCAGUUCCGGUUCGGGUGACCCAGUACCGGUGUCCGUAGCCCCGUUCCCGUCCCGUCCCCGUCCCCUCCCCGCCAUGUACUCGGCGGGCGCGGCGGGCCCGGUUCCGUCGCGGCGGCGUGGCGCGGCGCUGCCCAAGCAGCCGGAGCGCAGCCUGGCGUCGGCGCUGCCGGGGGCGCUGGCCAUCACCGCGCUCUGCACCGCGCUGGCCGAGCCCGCCUGGCUGCGCAUCCACGGCGGCACCUGCGCCCGCCAGGAGCUGGGCGUGGCCGACGUGCUGGGCUUCGUGCAGCCCGAGCUGCUCAGAGAUUUCUGCAUGAACCCACAGACAGUGCUGCUGCUGCGGGUCAUUGCUGCUUUCUGCUUCCUGGGCAUCCUGUGCAGCCUCGGCGCUUUCCUGCUCGACGUCUUCGGGCCCAAACACCCGGCCCUGAAAAUCACCCGGCGCUACGCCUUCGCCCACAUCCUCACAGUCCUGCAGUGCGCCACGGUGAUCGGCUUCUGCUACUGGGCCUCGGAGCUGCUCCUGGCGCAGCAGCAGCAGCACAAGAAGUACCACGGCUCGCAGGUGUUCGUCACCUUCGCCGUCAGCUUCUACCUGGUGGCGGGCGCGGGCGGCGCCUCCAUCCUGGCCACGGCCGCCAACCUGCUGCGGCACUACCCCAGCGAGGAGGAGGAGCAGGCCCUGGAGCUGCUCUCCGAGAUGGAGGAGGCCGAGCCCUACGGGCCCGACUACGAGGUGGUCAACCAGUUCCAGCCGCCACCCGCGUACACGCCCUGAGCCUGGUCAUAGAGAUGGUGGCCACCACGAUCCCGGUCACCGCGAUCACCAUGAUUGUGGUCGGCGUGAUGGUGGGCACCAUGAUGGCGGUCAUCGUGAUGGGUGGUCACCUUGGUCCUGGUUGCCGUGAUCAUGGUCAUUGUGGUGGUGGCCCCCAUGAUCCCAGUCACCAUGAUCCUGGUCAUAGAGAUGGGGGCCACCAUGAUCACAGUCAUUGUGAUGGUGGUCAUCAUGAUGGUGGCCCCCGUGAUCCCAGUCAUCGUGAUCCUGGUCAUUGGGAUGGUGGCCACCAAGAUGGCGGUCAUUGUAAUGGGUGGUCACCUUGAUUGUGGUCACCAUCAUCAUGGUCACUGUGGUGGUGGCCACCAUGAUCACAGUCACCAUGAUCACCAUGAUCACGGUCAUUAUGAUGGGUGGUCACCUUGAUCCCGGUCAUUGUGAUGGUGGCCACCAUGAUCCCAAUCACCAUGAUCCUGGUCAUUGUGAUGGGUAGUCACCUUGAUCCCGGUCGCCAUGAUUGUGGUUGUUGUGAUGGUGGCCACCAAGAUGGCGGUCAUCGUGAUGGGUGGUCACCUUGAUUUUGGUCACCAUCAUCAUAGUCAUUGUGGUGGUGGCCACCAUGAUUACAGUCAUUGCGAUGGUGGUCAGCGUGAUGGAGGCCACCAUGAUCCUGGUCACCAUGAUCACCAUGAUCCUGGUCAGUGCGAUGGUGGCCACCAUGAUAGCGGUCAUCGUGAUGGGUGGUCACCUUGAUUUUGGUCACCUUGAUCCUGGUCACCGUGAUGGGUGGUCAUCACGAUGGUGGCCACCGAUGGUCACUAUGAUCGUGGUCAUCGUGAUUCCGGACACCACGAUCAUGGUCAUUGUGAUGGUGGCCACCAUGAUCCUGAUCACCGUGAUCCCAGUCAUCGUGGUGGUGGCCACCAUGAUUCUGGUCACCUUGAUCCUGGUCACCAUGAUCGUGGUCACCUCGAUCCUGGUCAUCGCAUUGGUGGCCACCAUGAUGGUGUUGGAUCGAGUGGACAGAGAGGCCGGAUCGUCAUUGGGGUGGGGGACGUGCUGUGGGAGGGUUGGCUGGGGAGAUGUCAAGAGGUCUUCCAGGGGAGGAUCUGUCCAGGUGGAUCCCAGGAGAUGUUCCAGCAAAGGACUGGUCUGGAUGGAGACAGGAAGUUCUUCCAGGAGAGGAUCUGUCCAGGUUGGAUCCCAGGAACUCUUCCAGCGAAGGACGCUUUGGACAGGUCCUGGAAGUUCUUCCAGCCAAGGGUUUCUGCAGGUGGAUCCUGGGAGUUCUCCCAGGGAAGGACUUGUUGGAGCAGAGCCUGGAAGUUCCUCCAGGGGAGGAUUUCUCCAGGUGGAUCCCAGGAGCUCUUGAAGGAUUUCUCCAGGUGGAUCCCAGGAGAUCUUCCAGGGGCCUCGAUCCCGGAGUUGGUUCCGUGGCUCUCCUGCUCCAGGUGGGUUUUCCUUGGAAUGAGGGGAGUGGGAUCCACAAUUCCCAAUGGAGUGAGAACCUUGGGAUCUCCAUGGAUCCAGGACUUUGGGAUCCCCAAUUCCCAAUGAAUCGAGAACUUCGGGAUGCCCAGUUCCCCAUGGAGUGAGAACUUUGGGAUCUCCAAGCACUGAGAGCCUUGGGAUCCCCAAUUCCCAACGGAUCCAGAACUUUGGGAUUCCCCUGGAAUGAGAACUUUGGGAUCCCCAAUUCCCAACGGAUCAGGAACUUUGGGAUCUCCAUGAACUGAGAACUUUGGGAUCCCCCAUUCCCAGCAGGUUGAGAACUUUAGGAUCCUCCUGGAAUGAGAGCUCUGGGAUCUCCAUGGGUCGAGGACUUUGGGAUCAGGAAUUCCCAAUGGAUCAAAAACUUUGAGAUCCCCAGUUCCCAACAGAUUGAGAACUCUGGGAUCCCCAAUUCCCCCUGGAAUGAGAACUCUGGGAUCCCCAAUCUCCAGUGGAUCCAGAACUUUGGGAUCUCCACGGAUCAAGAACUUUGGGAUCCCAAAUUUCCAGUGGAUCCAGAACUUUGGGAUCUCCAUGGACCAAGAACUUUGGGAUCCCCGAUUUCCAACGGCUCCAGAACUUUGGGAUCUGGAAUUCCCCGUGGAAUGAGAACUCUGGGAUCCCCAAUUCCCACCGGAUCCCCGACUUUGGGGUCCCCCAUUCCCCACCCCAUCCCCUCCCCCGGCUCUCCCCCCUUUUCCCACAUUUCUCCCCUUAUUUAAAAAUUUGGGAAUUCCCAUCCCCGCUCCCCCCUUUAUCCCCCCCCAUGGACAUUCUGCACUUUAUUCCAGGCUCUGGGAAUUCCGGGAUCGCCUUUGGGGUUUUUUUUUUUUUUUUUUGGCUUUUUUUUGGGAUCAUCCCACAAAAUUUGGGAAUUUCGGCCUCCCUGGGAAAUCGGGAUGAGCCCUGCUGGAAAAACCCGGAGCUUUUAUGCAAACCCCUCCACUCCCAUCCCAUUUUUCCCCCAUAAAAUUCCCAAUUUUUUCCCCCGCUCUGAUUUUUCCCAGAAAUUUUUGGGGCCAAAACAACAAAAAAAAAUAGGAAAAAAAAUCCCGUCAGGAUUGAAAUUUCCAACAAAAUUCCCAUUCCUGGAACGCUUCGGCUCAGGGGGGAUUUUUUAGGGAAUCUCCUGAAUUUUUAGGGAAUUUUAACCCCAGGAUCCAACUCCUUGGAGGUCCUGGUGCUUUUAUCCCGAUUUUCCUGCUUUUAUCCCAAAUUUCCUGCUUUUAUCCCCAUUUUCCUGCUCUUUUUUUCCCCUUUUUUUCCCCAUUUUUUCUUCCCCCUGGCUAUGCAAGAGCUCCCCCGGGAUGGAAAUCCCAGAAAAAUCCUGGAAAAAUAAAAAAUUCCACAAAAAAAAAAUUAAAACUCCCGAGAAAGGCUCGGGAGGAGCCAAAUUAACCCAAAAACCCUCGGGGGAAAAUCCCGGGAUUUGGGAUCCGCCGGGAAAAGCUUCGGGAUUCCCCCUGGAUAUGCAAAAAGGGCGCCAAUAAAUCUGUGGAAAAUGGGA